AUGGCACUCCUCCACUCCACUCUGAUUUGGAUUGUAUAUGCAAUCGUUGUCGGCAUUCUUAGUAUCGUUGCGUCAACUUUUGUUUACAUUUAUCAGACUCCUCGCGAUCGCUCGGCGGCUGUUACCACUGUUUGCAUAUUUACACUUACAGCUUUGUUGGCGACUGUGCUUCUACUACCUGUGGAUGUUGCCUUGGUGUCUUCAACGACAUCGGAGUUCGGUCGAAGAAAAGACUGGGCGACAGAUCAUGAGGUUGAGAAAAUCACAUACUCAUUAACCGUGGUAUACUACUUCCUAUAUUCGCUCGACGCGGUUCUUUGCCUCCUGAUAGUACCAUUCACAUAUUUUUGGUAUGAAGAAUAUGAUGAGGUGGCAUACGAGGAUGAUGGACGAUUCACUAGAAAGCCAUUCUGGGGUGCCUUCAAAUAUACCCUCGUAUUUAUUUUGUUGACGAUAAUCUUGUUCUUGGUUGGCUUUUUUGUGCCGGUGGCGAAGGAUCGAAAAGGUGCCCAUUUUGAUUUAGACUACUUCAAGAGGCUUCUAACAGAGAACCAUGGCGAGAGGGCUCUGACAUUUGCUCUGGGCCUUCUGAUAGUAAUGGGCAUCAUUGUUUAUGUUAUCUAUUCAUCUACAGGACUCGCCUUCUUUCCGAUAUCGUUCAUCAAGUCUUCCCCGUCGAUCUCUAGUCCUAUGCUCAGCGCCAACAUCGAAUCCAGAUUAGAGGAAAACAUUGAGCGCCAGCGCCAGCUUGAGGGUCGCUGUGGUGGAAACCCGGACCAUCUGUCCUCUAAAGACCGGAGGGAGCUUGAUUCCUUAGUUCGAGAAGAACGAACAUUGCGCCGCCGCAAACGCCUUGCGGAGGCUUCUCGUGGACAAGGGAGAAAUUUCGUCAUUAAGGUCUGGUACAAGCUUGGUGCGGUAUUCCGACCAAUAAAGCUCCUCGGAGGACUUCUUCUCUUAGCGAUCUCCGUCAUGAUCUGGAUUUCGAUGCUCCUUACCUGCAUCGAUAAAGCGAAAAAUUCCGUUUGCAAACAAAAGUGCGGCUACAUUCUAGGAAAAAUCAAUAUUAUUAAUCCAGUUAACUGGGUGCUGGUGGAAGCUGCGAGUGUCUUCCCUGCGGAUUAUGUUAUAUUUAUUGUCCUGGUCCUCCAUUUAUUUACCAGCUCUGUUGUUGGCAUUGCAACAAUCGGAAUCCGAUUCUUGUGGAUCAGGCUUCUUCAAAUUAGAAAAGGCCACACAUCACCCCAGGCGCUUCUUCUCGCAACAGUGAUGCUCACGCUUAUCACGCUUGCUCUCAACUACUCGAUCUCUAUGAUUGUCGUUCCACAAUACGCAACGUACGGCCCACAGACGUUUUGUGAUUACCCAUCCAUUCCUGCCUCGGCACCUUUGGACUGCUCAAAACAUAAGGAGUACCUAAAGCCGUGCUCUGAACUCGCGAACAAUCCCGCGGCCAAAGCUGUCUGCACUCCAAGUGUCGCUAGCACGUUCCUCAAUCGAAUCACUCUCAACUUUCCUUUCUUUGGGAUUGUCGAUUUCUGGGCUCAGUUUGUUUUUCUAGGAUUCUCCCUCAUCGUUCUUUUGAUUUCGCUAUUCCGUACACCUAGGUUUGAUGAGCAGCAAAUGGAUGAAGACGCAGAGGAAGCCGAGGAAGAAGGUCUCCUUGCUGCUAGCGGAAGUCGAUUUAAUGCUGCCUGGCAGGACACCACUGGGCGAACACGCGAUCAACGGGUGAGAUUUCGUGAUGACGAAUGAAAUGUAUCUUGGUGUGGAGUUGCAUUUUGCACUCGCAAGAUAUUCGCGUCAGCCUGGUUUGCUUUAUGGGGUCUUAAUUCGGAAGACGGAGCAUGUGCAUUGGCGAGGGAUACGGUAUGACACGGUUACUGGUGGAUUAUGGAUUAAGUAAAUAAAUGACAUAGGAUUAGGAAGGGUGGGAAAAUGGCAGCCUGCUUCACUACGGGAGGGAUGAGCAUGAGGUUAUGCAUGUCGACAUAUACGGUUCAAGGGGACCGUAAUGGCUCUUAUGACGGACUCUGACUUGGGGUAAUUGAGCGCUAAUUAGUACAAUCCCGGAAUAUAAUAUAAAGAGUUCCUUUUACCGCCUCGUCAUGCUUCCAUAGCCGUUCUCCUAAACUCCACUGCCCGAUGGCCCCUCUCAUCUGCAUUCCCUUCGACAAGGUGCAUUUCCUUCCAGCACCUAGGGCAAAAAAGCGGCAAGUCGUAACAGUCAAGGCAUUUUAAUUUCGCGUCAUCACUGCAAAUGCAACACCAGGUUGGCUCUGACUCGUCCGGGUCAGUAAAGAUGUUCCUUCGGUUUCCCAGUGCCGUUAGGGAAUAUGUUGUUGGAUUUGAUAUAGGCACACAGGGAAGAUCAAGAGGGUCGCUUAGUUCUCGUCCAUUUUUCUCUUCAUUAUCGGUUCUUGCUCGGCUUUCGGCCAGUGGGUCCGCCCCUGGGCUUUCCUUCGGAUGAUCAUCCGGAGCAAAAUCCGGAGUUCGUAGCUCAUCAAGAACAUUUUGAAUGUAGUCUUCGGCCUCCUUCUCUUCAGAAAUGUGGUUGGAGCACCGGCUAGGACUCUCCAGUCGUUUGGCUAUCGCUUCAUCGCCACCCCUCAAGAGCUGGUAGUGUCGGUCAGAUAUUGCAGAUUUGAAGGGGGAUCAUGAUAGUAAGUACAAAUUUUUUAGCCUCAUCAACCAGGCUUUUGAUUUCAUUUUCAGCUUGAAGUUCAUGUUCUAGUUUCCAUGUCUCC